CAUUUUAUAACACUCACUUCCGGUUCCGUCAUUCCGACUCCGAUUUCCUUUACACUGCGUUUGGUGCUUGCUUGGGUCCUUAAAAAUCCGCAAGGUAUCCUUACUUACAUUUCAAGAUGGGUAGGGAGGACAAAGCAACAUGGAAGUCACAGUACUUCACUAAACUUGUGCAACUACUGGAUGAUUUUCCUAAAUGCUUCAUCGUGGGAGCAGACAAUGUCGGCUCAAAGCAGAUGCAGCAGAUCCGUAUGUCACUACGCGGAAAUGCAGUUGUAUUGAUGGGGAAAAAUACCAUGAUGAGAAAAGCAAUUCGUGGUCACAUAGAACGUAAUGCGGCAUUGGAAAAGUUGUUGCCUCAUAUCCGUGGUAAUGUGGGAUUCGUUUUCACACGGGGGGAUUUGAUCGAAGUGAGGGACAAGCUGUUGGAGAAUAAAGUACGCGCACCGGCCAGAGCAGGAGCCAUUGCACCCUUGAGCGUUAUCAUUCCGGCUCAAAAUACGGGACUUGGUCCUGAGAAGACUUCUUUCUUUCAAGCUCUGAGUAUCCCAACUAAAAUCUCCAAGGGUACUAUUGAAAUUAUAAAUGACGUACAUAUUCUGAAACCUGGUGACAAAGUGGGAGCUUCCGAAGCUACGCUUCUGAAUAUGUUGAACAUCUCUCCCUUCUCGUACGGAUUACUGGUCGAGCAAGUAUAUGACUCUGGUACCAUCUUUGCACCUGAGAUCUUGGAUAUCAAACCUGAAGAUCUCCGCGAAAAAUUCAUGGCUGGAGUUGCAAACUUAGCCUCAGUUUGCUUGGCAAUUGGCUAUCCUACUGUUGCCAGUGCUCCGCACAGCAUUGCAAAUGGUUUCAAGAAUCUAUUGGCUAUCGCUGCUGUUACCGAAGUCGAAUUUACAGAGGCCGCUACUAUCAAGGAAUACAUCAAGGAUCCAAGCAAGUUCGCUGUCGCUGCCGCUUCUGUCGCAGCUCCAGCAGCUGCAGCCGAUGCUCCUGCCGCGGAAAAGAAGGAAGAGAAAAAAGAGGAAUCCGAGUCAGAAGACGAAGACAUGGGCUUUGGAUUAUUCGACUAAAGCCAUGUAUAUUCAUAUUAUAAAAUCGAUUGAAAAACUUGACCAAAUGAAUGAUCGGAAUUCUGGAUCAUUUUGUUUGACGUCAAAAAAUAAAAUUUAAUUUACACAGAGUA